CCGGUAUCAAAAAGGUCUGGAAACAGAAAUGCGCGGGGUUGAAACGGCUUUCCGCUCCUAUGAUAUCAGAUUAUCGGGGCAUCCAGCCCGCCAGGACAUGAUAGGCUCUGUUCGACAGUUUCACGGAAUUGCGGGUCCCAAUACGUCCCGCGUGCUGAUCCUAUGCCGUGUCGGUGAAACAUUGAUCCGUCCCGGGGAGGAGGGGUUUUUGUCUCUGGCUGGAGAUUACGGGGUUGGCGGGGAUAGUGAAUUUCAAGAGUUUUCUCUUUUUACGGGUAAGUUACGGUAUCAUACGGUAUUGUGCCUAUCCAAGCGCCCUUUAUUUUUAUUACUCGUAGUUGAGCGACGUUUAUGUGGACAUGACUGUUAUUGCAUGAUGCUAGGAUCUAAGUAAGAAAGCUGGGUUCGGCCGGCGGUACUUGUACCGGUAUGCAAUAGUCGCAGUUUUGUUCACAAACGUCGCUCAGCCACGAAUAAUAUUUAUAUAAUAUAUAUAUAUAUAUAUAUAUAUACCGUAUAUAUACACCGGUACCCAGAGAGAGAAAAGGCAUUCUCACUCAAUAACCUGAUUGGCUCCCUAGACUAAAAUAGGAUUAGGCGGCUUCCGAAGAUUAAGCGAACUCCAACUGAAAAUAAGCUUUUAAGCCUCUUUUGACGUCCCCUCUUUUCCACCUUGUCAUUCACAAACACCCAUCAGCGCCACCAACCCCCGGAGCUGACCCGAAUGACAAUGGAUGAGGAGGGUGAGAUACCCGCAAGGGAAGCGGUGCAUCAGUAUACCCCCCCUCUUGUCCCUUGCCCCCACUCCCCCUCUUUCUUUUCUUUUUGAGGGUUCGUUCUUUUUUUUUUUGUUUCUAACUUAGGGCUGAUGUGGGGCUUGCACGGAUGGUAUUGAAGUCCAUUAAAGUUGUUCGAUCUUGCAAAGAGUGCGGGGAAGGUGUUGUAUGUGCAGGCACCGAUGGUUAGGUAUGUUCUACGUGGGAUGUGGCGGUAGGGGCGGGGGGGUGAAAAUUCAGCUGAAAGGGAAUAGGUAUAGCAAGCUCCCUUUUCGGGCUCUAGUGAGGGAUUAUGGGGUCGAUUUGUGUUAUACCCCUAUGGUGAGCCUGAAAAAGCCUGACUGGGUGGCAUGAUGCUCGGAGCCAGAGCUAAGUUGAUGCGUGCCCUAGAUUCUCGCAAAAGAAUUUGUCAGGAAUCAGACAGCUCGACUUAGCGGUAACUUAUCCCCACCCCCCGAUCACUCAUCACCCCCUCCCAUACCGUAUUCACCGCUCUGAAGUUACACAUGCUAAGAAGAUUUUGCCAGACUUCACAACAAACGCAUCGGACCGCCCCCUAAUUGUCCAAUUCGGGGCCCAUUCCUCCACGGAUUUUGCCCGGGCUGCUGAAAUGGUAAAGCCGUACGCCGACGGUGUAAACCUGAAUUGUGGUUGUCCGCAAACAUGGGCUAUUCAAGAGGGUAUCGGGUGCAAGUUAAUCCAGCAACCGCAGCUAGUGAAGGAAAUGGUGCGUGCGGCAAAGGGUCGGUGUGGGGAGGGCUUUUGCGUGUCGAUUAAAAUCAGGGUUCAUCAUGAUUUGCGAGAGACGGUAGAUUUUGUUAAGAUGGUGGAGGGUUCUGGGGUCGACUAUAUUACUGUUCAUGGAAGGAGGCGGUCGCAAAGGAGCAGUGAGCCAGUGAAUUUGGAAGCUAUUGCGCUGGUUAAGAGUGUUGCAGGGGUGCCAAUUGUGGCUAACGGAGACGUGUUCAGUUUGGAGGACGUCGAGAGAAUUGUGAGGGUUACGAAAGUGGACGGUAAGUCCCUAUCCGGCUACCAUACGCGCCCCCCCCCCCCCCCGGGGAUCUGGGGAACUUGGGUGUUGGGUUCUUCCUGGAUCUUGGCUACAUGCAAUAGCGGCCCGGCUUUAUGAUCAUUUGUGCACUUUGGCCGGAGAUUCCCUAUACCACCAGCAGGCUACUGACUUUAACACCAAUAGGGGUAAUGGCUGCCCGUGGCCUGAUGGAAAACCCGGCUUUGUUUGCUGGUUUUAAGAAAACGCCUUGGGGAGCAAUUGAGCGAUUCCUGCACUAUAACGCGAAUUAUGGGCCUCUCCCGCAUCAGUUGGUUCUGCACCAUGUCGGCGAGAUGCUGCGGGACAUGAUGACCAAGAAGGAAAGGGCAGAAAUGACCAGAAAUUCUGGCUCCAUGGUCGAACUACUAGAUUGGCUAGACGAAAGGGUAAUUGUUAGGAGAUAUGGGGAAGCAGGGUUUGGAGAGGGAGUAGAAAUGGAGAGAAUAUCAUCGUGACCCGAACUUUGAAAACCG